AUGCCAGUUAAAUGCUGUACAGAAAAAGAAAAAUCCCAAGCCUGUUAUUUUCAAGAGAGUAGUCAGGAUUCAGAAAAAGGUAAAGGAUAUACAAAUCAGAUUCAGCUCAAAAAACACCCAGUCCAGCUGAAAUCAGCUCCCUCGCCUCCAGCCCCGGUGCGGACAACCCGGGUUCCUGCUAGCACAGACUCACCCGCCCCAGCCAGCCUGCCUGGAUGCCCCCCGGCCGGAUGCUCCUCAGACCCUGACCACCCCCGGAGAGGGAGGCGGCAGCAGGGUCCGCACACUGACAACCAGGGCGGCGCGCGGACCACGCACACACGCACACAUCCCCUGUCCGCGGAAGGGGGAGGCCAUGGCGGGUUCGCAGCGCCGCUUCCCGGGGCGGCUGUCAGGAGGAAGCCGAAGGGGUCCCGCUGGGAGGUGCCUCGUCGCCCCGGCGACCGAGUCGCGCUCCGCGCGGAGUUAGCGCUCCUUGCCCUCAAUGCCACAGAACUGGCGGCCCAGGAGGAACCUCAGAGUCAAGAAAAUAUUUGCGGCACACCUCUGUCAACUGCUGAAGUGUAUAAGAUAAACUUUAUAUUUCCAAAUGGAGACAAGUAUGAUGGUGACUGUAUAAGAACAUCUUCUGGAAUCUUUGAGAGAAAUGGAAUAGGUAUUCAUACCACUCCUAAUGGGAUUGUCUAUAAAGGAAGCUGGAAAGAUGACAAGAUGAAUGGUUUUGGAAGACUUGAGCAUUUUUCAGGAGCAGUGUAUGAAGGACACUUUAAGGACAAUAUGUUUCAUGGAUUGGGGACUUAUACAUUCCCAAAUGGGGCAAAGUAUACUGGAAACUUCAAUGAAAAUAGGGUGGAAGGUGAAGGACAAUAUACUGACAUCCAGGGACUAGAAUGGUGUGGUAACUUUCAUUUCACUGCUGCUCCAGGCCUGAGACUAAAGCUCCACAUGUAGUAUAUUUUGCAUUAAAAUUUUAAUGUGAUAACUGAACUUUUUAGUUAUAAGGAAAACUUAGUCACCUAAGUAACUUCAUAUACUACCUCUCUAUCAUAAUUUUGCCAAUAAAACCAUCUCUCAAUGCCUUUUUGAACUUUAUUUUCAUCAUCUUAUAAUUACUUUAAAUAAAUUAUAUGGGAAUGCCUGGGUGGCUCAGUCAGUUGAGUGUCCAGCUCUUGAUUUUGGCUCAGGUCAUAGUUUCAGGGUCAUGAGAUCGAGGCCAGCAUCUGGUUCUGCUCUAGGUAUGGAGCCUACUUAAGAUUCUCUCUCUCCCUUUGCCUCUCCUCCUGCUCUCAUGCAUGCAAACACACACUCUCUCUUUCAAAGAAGGAAAGAAAGAAAU